AUGAAUACUACAUUAACAGCCGAGCAGGAGAAAGGAUACAACACAAUUAUAAAUUUGACAGAUCAAGAAUUAAUUGGAACGUUACGCUUGGAACCGGUGAGGCUAAGAAAUAAUCAACCAGCUACAAUGUAUCAGAAUUGUCAAUCUGGACGUUUUGUUGCUGCAUUAUGUGAUCCAAGAACUUCUUAUGAAUUUAAAUUUAAUGAAGUUUUCGAAAUUGUUGAACCUCAAAACGUUGAAUACAAAAAAUUUGCUGUCAAAUUAGCAUUGAAAAGUCAUCCCACAAGUGCAUUGAGUGAAGAAGAUAUCAAUAAUAUAAAGGCUUAUAUUGAUGGUUGUUAUCAACCACACCACUUGGACAUUUUUAUGAGACCAGAUUUAAAUAUCUCAGAUGUUAUAACUUAUUUGAAUAGAGUUCGUUCCUUGAAAUCAGAUAAAGAAAUUGAUGACGAUGUUAGCAAAAUCAACAUAGAAAGGAUUCCAAGGGUUCUUAUUAACAUAGGAAGUCCAGGGUUUCUAAAAUGUUUUCAUAAGUUAUUAAAUUUUUAUUCAGAUUCAUUUGAUACCAGUUAUUCUCCAGAAUAUAAAUUGAUCGGUAAAGUUUUCCAAAGGCAAAGAGAUAAUUUUAUGAGCAUUGAAGGAACAAUACCUCAUCGUAACUGUGUUUAUUUCUUUAAACCAUUCAAGUCAAAUAGUGAAGAUUUUAUCAACCGUGAGCUUCUUCAGGACUGUACAAAAUUCUUUGAGAGUCUUGGACUGGGAAUUUCUUCACCAUUUAAUCUCCAUAAUAUGUUUUAUUCAAUAUAUGACAUGGAAUGUUCAAAUGAUAAGAUCAACAUCAAAUUAAACCAUGGUGACUUGUAUGAAAAGGAAUCCUUACCAAAAUAUUCUGACAUUAAGUUUGAAUUAGACUAA